GUAUGAAAUAAACAAAUUUCAGAAGAAGGAGCUGAAAAGGUUUCGGAAGAUAUUAAGAAAUGAGAACAUACAAGACUUGGUGAAAGACUAUAAGGACAGAAACCAAAUCAGAGAAGCAUUUCUUGAUAUCACACUCCACUUUCUCAGAAGUAUGAAACAAGAUGAACAUGCUAAUAAGCUGGAAGAUGAGCUGGUCUACAGCUGUCAACUGAAAUCAAACCUGGAGAAGAGGUGUCAAUGUGUAUUUGAAGGAAUUGCAAGUCAUGGUGACUCCACACUUCUAAAUAAGAUCUACACAGAUCUCUACAUCACUCAGGGUGGAGGUGAACAAAUCAAUACUGAACAUGAGAUAAGACAGAUUGAAGUCGCUUCGAGGAAUCUAGAAACAUCAGAGACACAAAUUGAAUUCAAUAAUAUGUUUAACCCCCUUGAACGAGACCAGACAAUCAGAACUGUGUUAACAAAAGGAGUUGCUGGCAUUGGAAAAUCUGUCUCCGUUCAAAAGUUUGUUCUGGACUGGGCAGAGGGAAAGGAAAAUAAGAAGAUCAGCUUCAUAUUUCCUUUACCAUUCAGAGAGUUGAACUUAAAGGAUAAAGAAAGAAUAAGUCUGAUGGACCUUAUAAUUCAGUUUUUUCCAGAGGUCAAACAACUGGACCUUACAAGAAAAAAAGUGCUGCUGAUCUUUGAUGGAUUGGAUGAAUGUCGUCUUCCUCUGAAGUUUGACAGUAAUGAGAUGUUGUGUGAUGUCACAUCUCCUGCUUCUCUGGAUGUUCUCCUAACAAACCUCAUCAAAGGAAAUCUGUUUCCUUCUGCUCUCAUCUGGAUAACCACCAGACCAGCAGCAGCCAGUAAGAUACCACCUGAAUGUAUUGACCGGGUGACAGAGGUACGAGGAUUCAAUGAUGCACAGAAGGAGGAGUACUUCAGAAAAAGAUUCACUGAUGAUAAUCUGGCCAACACAAUCAUUCAUCAUGUUAAAAAAUCAAAGAGUCUCUUCAUCAUGUGUCACAUCCCAGUAUUCUGCUGGAUUUCAGCCACUGUGCUCCAAAACAUUCUGGAGAAGAAGAGAAAUGAUCAGUCUGAUGACACAACAUCUGAAGAUACUCCUAAAACUCUGACACAAAUGUACACACAUUUCUUUCGCUUUCAGAUUCAGCAGAGCAAAAGAAAGUAUGAAGAAAUGAAGGAAUAUUCACCAGAUAUUUGCUGGGAUAAAGAUGUUAUCCUUUCACUGGGAAAACUGGCAUUUCAACAGCUGGAAGGAAGCAAUUUGAUCUUCUAUGACUCAGACUUGGAGGCCUGUGGCAUUGAUAUAACUAAGGCAUCAGUUUACUCAGGGAUGUGCACACAGAUUUUUAAACAGGAAACAGGGAUCAUUACUGGUACCAUGUACUGUUUUGUUCACUUGAGCAUUCAGGAGUUUACUGCAGCUCUGUAUGCACAUCUGUUUCUGGACAUUUCAAAGAAAAAUGUGUUUGCUCAAGAGCACAUAGAAACAAAAAAUAACAGUGAAGCAUUGAUUGGUUUACUGAAGACUGCAGUUGAUAAAGCACUCGAGAGUGACAAUGGACAUCUGGAUCUUUUCCUUCGCUUCCUCCUCGGUCUGACGCUUGAGUCCAAUCGUCCGCUCUUACGAGGUCUUUUAACACAAGAAGAGAGCAAUGAACAGAGCAACAAGAAGAUAGUGGAGUACAUCAAGCAGAAAUUUAAUGAUAAUUCAUCAGCAGAGAGAUCCAUCAAUCUGUUUUACUGUCUGAAUGAACUGAAUGAUCAAUCUCUGGUGGAGGAGAUUCAAAAGCAUCUUAAUGAAGGAAGUCUCUCAUCUGCUGACCUUUCACCUGCUCAGUGGUCUGCUCUGGUUUUUGUGUUGCUGACAUCAGAAGAAGAACUGGAGGUCUUUGAGCUUCAGAAAUUCAAGAAAUCAGAUGAAUGUCUCAUUAGAUUAUCACCAGUUGUCAAAACAGCCAAAAAGGCUUUGUAA